AUGGGUUUGAUCAGUCGCACGCUGAAAGUGACGGCCUUCGGCUCCGUCGCCACAAUCGGUCUGUUCUUCGGCAGCACGCGCAAUGACGAGUUCGUGCCAAUGGCCGCGACCGACCCCAUCUUCCAGUCGCCGUUCUACAAGAAGUUCAACCCCAACAACAACCCCACCACCCACGACCUCUGCGUCCGUCGCAUCCCGCUCGAUAAAAUCCGCCCCGAGCUCCUCGAGAAGAAGGGCAAGCUGGCUACAUCCCCCCAGCGCGCGUUCCUCGAGCGAAAAUAUCGUGCUGAAACCCCCGAUCAGCUCUGGGACCGCAAGGAUCUUCUCAAGAACGAGUACAAUGUCGGCACCCUGAUCACCGACCACUUCGAGGUUCUUGAGAAGACCGAUGACCUCAUUACCAUCCGCUGCGGUGAUACCCCCCGCCAUCGCGACGUGCGGCCCGCCGACGGCCUUUUCCAGAUCGGCGCUGUUGUCAAGCCGGAGCAGGGCAUUGCUGAAUUCACUCUGAAGAGCUGCUUCUUCCAGGGCGAGGGCAAGGCUGAUGCGGUCCCGAUGGGUCCGUGGAUGGACUGGGCUCACAAGCAGUACACGAAGCUCUGGCUGGAGAGUGGGGUGCUCAAGAACGUUGUUCGCUAA